AUGGGUAACUCAAAGAAGAAGUGUUUGUGUCUCAACCUAAAGGUUACACCAUUAAAGGGAAGGAGAAUCAUGUCUAUAGACUCAGAAAGGCUUUAUAUGGUCUUCACCAAGCUCCCAGGGCCUGAUAUCCUGUUACUAUGCCUCUACAUUGAUGAUAUUAUUUAUAUGGGGUCAUCUAUUGAAAUGUUAAGUGAGUUCAAAGAUAUUAUGGUGAAGAUAUUUGAAAUGUCUUAUUUGGGUCGAUUGAGGUACUUUCUAGGAUUGGAGGUAAGACAAUUCAAUGGUGCUCUUUUUGUAACUCAAACAAAAUAUGCAAAGGACCUCCUUAAAAGAGAUGGUAUGUUACAUUCCAAAGAUGCCAUCAGUCCCAUGAAUAUAAAUGAAAAGCUUCAAUUGGAGGAUUGCUCUGGAAGUGCAGAUUCAUCCCGAUAUAAAAGACUUGUUGGUAGGAUUCUAUACCUCACACAUACCAAGCUUGAUAUAAUGUAUGCAGUUGGGAUGGUAUCCAGUUUGUGGCUUGUGGGCUUCACCGACAAUGAUUGGGGUGGAUCGAGAGACGAUCGGAGAAGCACAUCCGGGUGGACUUUCUCACUUGGAUCGGUGGUAAUUGCAUGGUGCUCAAAGAAGCAACCAAUUACUGCAUUGUUGAAUACUGAAGUUGCAUAUAUUUCAGCUACCUCUGCUGCUUGA